UGAAAGCUAAACGCGUCUGUGUCAGGGUGGUGAGAGCGCGAGCGGUGGUGAUGCACGAGCUUCACUCGCUAUACGGACAUUACAAAUAAGUCCAGCCAGAAUAAUAAUCCGCAAGCAGCCUUUAGAAAGGGUUUUUAUUUCAACGCCAGGGGUCACGAGGCACAUUUAAGAGGAGCAGGAGCAAAACUAAGGAAGCCUUUUGCGAUAUUGAAAAGUAGCUCUUGUGGUUCUGCUCUACAGAAAUGACCUGUGUUCAAAGCCAACAUGGAGUCCAGCCUUAUGAGAGCAUGUUCUUCAGCUCAGAGCUUAUGAACCCUGACUUCACCUCCAGGUUGGCCAUGGACGUGAGCGAACAGCGGGAGCAGCUCUCCACGUCCUCUCUGCCGAGUAUCACCUCUCUGGUUGGAGGCUACGGAGGAGAAUUUGAUGCCUACUCCUGUCAGCUUGCCACUGCGACUGCCUCUGCUUCAACCUGUGCCGGUGCCACGUCAAACCAGGACUCCUUCAAGCUGGACAACCUUCCGGUUUACGGCUGCUACCCCGGCACCUUCACCUUGAGCUACAUGGACGAUGCGCUGUCUACAUCAGGUGGCUCGAACUGUUUUGGCAGCCCCGUCUCGGCUCCUUCACCCUCCACCCCGGGGUUCCAGUCAGUGCCUUCCUGGGAGGGAGCGUAUGGGUCCUGCUCCCCAGACGCAGGCUGCUGGGGUUCGGAGAAGACACCCCUUCCUCAGGCUCCUUCCUUUUUCACUUUUGGACCUCUGUCAGGAGAGGACAUGUCCCCUCUGGGGCAGCUGCAGCAACAUCAGCUUCCUGAUCAGGAUCCCUUCUCUCGAAGCCAUCAGAACAGCUUCAGUCCUCUCAGGCUGGAUCACAGCAGCAGGGACAGUUCGAUCCUGCUGGAAAAUCAGAUGUCUCCCAAAAUCAAGAGUCCAACAGGAAAUGAAGGGUGCUGUGCAGUGUGUGGGGACAACGCCUCCUGCCAGCACUAUGGAGUGCGCACCUGUGAGGGCUGCAAGGGCUUCUUCAAGCGUACAGUGCAGAAAAAUGCCAAGUACGUAUGCCUCGCGAAUAAAGACUGUCCAGUGGACAAACGGCGGCGGAACAGGUGCCAGUUCUGUCGCUUUCAGAAGUGCCUGGCAGUCGGAAUGGUGAAAGAAGUUGUAAGAACAGACAGCCUAAAGGGCAGAAGGGGUCGUUUGCCUUCGAAACCAAAACCGGUCACAGAAUCAGCGUCCGCUUUGCCUGCCGGGAAUAUCAUCACAACUCUCGUGAACGCUCACAUAGACUCCAACCCAGUCCUCUCCAAACUGGACUACUCAAAGUAUCAGCAGACAGUGACUAACGUGCCUGAAAAGGAGGACGCCAGUGACAUCCAGCAGUUUUACGACCUGCUGACCGGAUCUAUGAGCGUAAUCAGGAAGUGGGCUGAGAGCAUCCCAGUAUUCACCACCUUCUCUAAGGAAGACCAGGACUUGCUGUUCGAAUCAGCUUUUGUCGAGCUCUUCAUAUUACGACUGGCUUACAGAUCACAACCAGACACGGAUAAACUGAUCUUCUGCAACGGUGUGGUUCUGCACCGCAUGCAGUGUGUGCGUGGAUUCGGCGAGUGGAUCGACUCCAUCAUGGAGUUCUCGCAGAGUUUGCAGCGUCUGCACCUGGACCUGGCGUCGUUCUGCUGCCUCGCCACGCUAGCCAUUAUAACAGAUCGACAUGGCCUGAAGGAGCCCAAACGUGUAGAGGAUUUCCAGAACCAGCUGAUAUCGUGCCUCAAAGAACACGUUGCCACAAGUGUCUCCGAAGAGGCACGUCCCAACUACCUGUCCCGGCUGCUGGGGAAACUGACAGAGCUCAGGACACUGUGUACUCAUGGCUUUCAGCGCAUCUUCUACCUUAAACUAGAACAUCCCGUCCAACCUCCUGAGAUCGUGAGCAAGAUCUUCCUGGAUCCCUGGAUUCCUUUCUGAAUCUGGACCUGGGUUCCUUUCUGAAUCCGGCUCGGCGACGCUAUUUAAAGACACGAUUUUUAAAGAAAGACUCGGAUUAGACUUGAGCAAAAGCACAGCAGAGCAGAGGAGAGAUUCGGAAGCACUUGUCCAAGCCUGGCAGCUCUGUAUUCUUUUAGGCGUACGACUAUGAUCUUCUCCACGGGAGACGUUCAGCGAACAUUCUGGAAAAUCUUGCAGCAAAAAAAAAAAAAUCUUUUUAAAAAAAGCCUCACCAAGUCUUUGUAUGUUUCCUAAACCCUUUAUUUUGAGCAGACUUUUGGAAUUGUGGCUUUUUUUUGUGAACUUUAACAGCAAAAAAAAUCAGUGAUUUUGUGCAGCUUGACAACUGAAUAUCAUAAAUGAUACAUGGUGUGUAUGUGUGUGUGUGUAUGUGUGUGUGUGUGUGUGUGUGUGUGUGUGUGUGUGUGUGUGUGUGAGAAAGGAAUCUUUCCCAAAACCUCUCACUGAAACAGUAUUAGAGAGUGUUAGAACUUCAGGACGUACACGAUAUGAUGAUACUGAUGUCAACAACAUCCAGAGAACUCAAUGGUGCUCGAAUAACACACCUGUGGGGGAAAAAAAGAAAGAAAAAGGCCAUGGACCAAAUCUAAUAUUGUUUACGUGGUUGCACAAAAUGACUAAAUAAAUCCUUAUUAUAGAUAUCCUUCAACAUCUGAGAUGUUCAGUUUAAUAGGAGCGCAGAAUGAAUGUGAAUAUAAUCGGAAAAUCCUGUUAACUGAGUCGGAUUUAUCUGCCACGUGCUGUUCUGAAAAACACACGACACGCCUUCGAGAAAUUUCUUUAAUCGAUGUACAACUGAAGUUUACUCUUUACCUGGUUUUUUUUUGGCGGACAGAUUCGCGCCUGUAACGACGAUAACAACGAUACAUUUCCAUCUGAACAUUUCUAAAUUUGUCCAGUGAUUUUUCUGGUGUUUUAUUUUUUUUAUUUUUUUGCAAGCCAUUUAACUCUUAGUAUUAUCACGGACUGAAGGAUUUGUUUAGUGUGCCAGCCAGGCUAUAGCUUAUACAUAUUUGUAUGUACUGUAUGUAUAGAGAUGGCUUGAUAUGCUAUAUAUUUUUGUCUUUAUACUGGCAUAGUGAAAAAUGUAUGGGCAUUAUGGUGUUUUUUUUUAUAUCAUAUUUUUGAUAUCCUUAGCUAUUUGCUGUUUUUCAUGACUAAUGUUCACAGCUAUUCAUUAAAAAUGAUGAACAAUC